AUGGCGUCCGUGGCGUCCGUGGCGGAUGGGGCAAAGGUGGAGGCGAUUAAACCGUUGGUGGUGACGGCCACCUAUCACAAUGUGCUGGCUGGGCAGGCCGAUCCACUGCGGUUGACGUCGGUGACGAUGGACGUCUGUGUCUUGAAGCAGGCCUUCAACUUUUCGGACCCCAAGUUUGUGCAGCUGACUGCCAACCUGGCGGGCGGGAUCUUACGCAUUGGUGGAACGGACGGGAAUACGUACAGCUAUGAUUUGACCAGUGAUCAGCCGCCCACGCCCUGUGCCUGCGGCGGCAAGGCGGUGUGCACCAUGACGCGACCUUAUUGGGAUGACGUGGUCAAGUUUGCCGAUCGCACAGAGCAUGCCCUCAUCUUUGGACUGACCGCCAAUCUGACGCAAGCGCAAGAUUUGGUUGGCUAUGCCCUGGCUUCCAACCAGAGCAUUUAUGCCUACACGUACACCAACGAGCAAGUCCAGCCGGAGAUUACCACGGGCUACCGAGCACUGCGUGCGCAGCUCAAUGCCAGUGGGUGCGGGUCAGCUUGUCCCCGUCUCGCGGGGCCUGACGUGGCGCUGCAGCGACAUAGCAGCAUUGAAGCCGCCUUGACGGACCAGGAUGCCAGCAUUGUGCAGCAACUGGAGUGGGUGCGAGAGUUUACCGGCUUGGCAGCGCCUACGCUCGACGUCGUCUCGUGGCACACAUACGACUUUCAUGCCGACGACUUGGGCACUGUUGACCAUCAGCCUUUUGUGGCCAGCAGCCCAAACGCUAGUCGCUUCUGGAACACCACCUACACGGGGCUGGCAGGCCGGCUCUUGGCCAACAUGACGGCCAUUGCCGGCGAGUUGGCCCCACAUGCUGAGGUCUGGCUCACUGAAACGGACUCGGUCUGUCAUCAGGGCGUGGACGGCGCCACCAACGCCUACCUCAACUCACUCUGGCUCGUCCAGCGGCUCGUACUCAUGACGGAGCGUAACCUGACCCUCAUGGCCCGACAAUCCCUCAUUGGCUACAACUACAGUCUGCUCGGCAACUGGCCCGUCGAGCCCAUCGGACCCAACCCAGAUUACUUUACGACCCUCCUCUACCGAACGCUGGUGGGCCGCGAACUCUACGCCCUUGACCUGCAGGCCGCCGACAGUGCUCGAACUCCAGAGCUGGAUCAGGUUGUGGCGGCCGUCUACGCCUCCGCCCGAAACGCAUCCCAGCGCGUUUUGCUGGCCGCCAACCUCCAGGCUAACACCACCCUCCAGCUCAAUAUAUCCGGCUUUGACGGUAGUGGUGGCUCUUGUGAGGAAUAUGUGCUGACACCGUACACCGACAUGAACCGUUUACCGCAAACAAACAAGCCUGCAUAUGAAAGCCGCGUCAUGGCGCUCAACGGGGUCCCUCUCUUUGUGGACGAAGCCGGCCACGCCCCCGCCAUGCCGGGCCGCCCGCGAGACGCUUGCGGCGGUGUGGAGCUGCCCCCCCUGACCUUUGGCUUUUGGGUGUUUUAA